AUGCCAAAGCGACCAGCCACUUCGGGUUAUGCCCGACUUGCCCAGGCUGAGGAGGAUGACAGAGACUACUACGAUGAAUCGGAGGAAGAACGCGAACCAUACAGCGGUCGUGCGCCGCGGACGAUAUCCUCGCCAACCCAGUUUGCCCCCAUCAACACGCGCGCCCAGAUGCAACUGUCCGGCACGUCGACUCCACCGGAAUAUCGACGACGAAAUGGUGGUCAUGUACGACGUCGAAAACGCAGCAACUCGUCCGGAGUCGACAUCAAGGCGAUCAACGCUCGGCUGGAAAGAUGGGCUGAGGAAAUAGCCUCCCGCUUCAAGAUCAGCAGAGGACCCGGCAAGUCGGCGCAAGAUGAGAAACUGGAAAUUCACCACACCGUUUUCCGACCUCCAAAUGGCGUUAUACCUUACACGGCCGAGGAGCUAGACACGGAGGAGUACGACGCUGAACAGAGACGGAACCGCGCUGAGUUCGAGACUAUCGUUGACAGCGUUCGCACAGCAAUUGAGCUUGGCGUACAACCCAAGUUGAUCACACAAGGAAGUUCCGGAAGUUAUUUCGCGCGUAACCCUGAAGGAAAAGUGGUCGGUGUCUUUAAACCCAAGGACGAAGAGCCUUAUGCUUCCAGAAAUCCCAAGUGGACAAAAUGGUUACACAGAAAUCUGUUCCCUUGCUGCUUUGGCAGGGCUUGUCUUAUUCCCAAUUUAUCCUACGUGUCAGAGGCCGCUGCAUCCGUUUUGGAUGCACGGCUGCGCACCGGUAUCGUUCCAUAUACAGACGUGGUUUGGCUAUCUUCAAAAUCCUUUCACUACGAUUUUUGGGAACGAAGAAAGGCCUGGAGUGGCCGCAAGCCUCUGCCGCCAAAGCCUGGAAGUUUCCAAGUGUUCUUAAAGGGUUACAAAGAUGCCACUGUAUUCUUGCGAGAGCAUCCUUGGCCUGAUCAGAACAACACAGGAUUCAACACUGACGAUGCUCCUAAACGAAAGAAACUACCUUGGAAUGAAGCGUGCCGUCCAUCUGGUAUACAUUCCGAUGACGAAGAUGAAGACUACAACGAACGACGUGCGCGGAUCCCAUCUCCUCCAAGCGCCGAACAGGAAGAACGAUUUUACUGGAGCGAAAAUCUCAAGCAAAGUUUCAGAGAGGAAUUGGAGAAAUUGGUAAUCCUAGAUUAUAUCAUGCGAAACACUGACCGUGGAUUGGACAACUGGAUGAUCAAAGUCGAUUGGAAGUCGGAAGAAGUUUCUAUCGUCGCUGAACCUCCAAAGCCCAAUGACACCGCUCACGAUGACGAUUCCGAUCCCGCCUUGCCUGCUCGUACUGUUCCUUUGGAUCGACAGAACUCGAGCCAAAGUGUACCAUUGCCUUACCGACGACAUGAAGCUAUGGUUGCCUCGAGCCGGGCUGGCACACCUUCCCAUGCGUCAGAGAAACAAGCUACCAUCAAAAUCGGUGCUAUUGACAAUAGUCUAUCAUGGCCAUGGAAACACCCGGAUGCUUGGCGCAGUUUUCCUUUCGGUUGGCUUUUCCUACCUGUUUCUCUCAUCGGACAACCAUUCUCGCAAAAGACCAGGGAUCACUUCCUUCCACUACUUACAUCGACCGCUUGGUGGAGCGGCACUCGGGCUGCCCUGCGACGAGUCUUCAUUGAAGAUUCUGAUUUUAAAGAAAGCAUGUUUGCCCGACAGAUGGCUGUAAUGAAAGGACAGGCUUGGAACGUUGUUGAAACUCUUAAACAACCUGAUCAUGGACCUUUGGAACUCACUCGCCGGACCAGAGUAUGCGUAUGGGAUGAUCUCGUAGAUGUUCCCGUCGCCAUUCCCAUGAGAGGCCCCUCUACAGAGGCUCAGAGGCAGCGGAUGCGAUCUAUGCGAGACGAAGAUGACCAGGAAAUGGACAUCAGUGCCGCCAUCUCUGGUGCAGCCGAACAAGAUAGCGAUCUGAUGACGCUCGGUUCGCCAACCAGUGGACUCCCUAAUCCCAACCGAUUCGAUCUGGCUCGUGGCCGGAGCUCUGCUGAGCUUGGCAGCAUUGGAGAGGGAUCGGAUGACAUUAGCUUUGAUCGACAUAAUGUAGCCGACGAAGGCAGAGAUCUGUCCAGGAGUUGGGGUGCUCAACCUAGCCGACCACAUGAUUAUAAAGAAUUUACGUCUAAUGGACGUCAGGAACGCUCUGCCAGGCAUAUGCGACACGGCUCUUUGACACAGAGACGCGGCAGCAAUGCAUGGCAUUUUGCCGGAGAUGAUCUUGAAGGCGAUUUAGGCUACGCGGCGGCCGAAGAAAUGGAAGGCCACGAACGAAAAGUCAUCGUCGAACGUCUUGAAGCUGUCAAGAGCAAGAACCCUAUUUUCACAUGGUGCUAA